AUGGAUUCAGAGUCGAAGAUUUUGCCCCAACAGGGCCAGAGGAACAUCCUCAUCACAAGUGCUUUACCAUACGUAAACAACGUCCCCCAUCUGGGCAAUAUUGUCGGUUCGGUAUUGAGCGCUGAUGUCUUCGCAAGGUAUAACAAAGCAUGCGGCAGACCAACGCUCUAUGUUUGUGGGACGGAUGAGUACGGAACUGCGACUGAAACGAAGGCUUUGGAAGAGGGCGUGACUCCCGAGGAACUUUGCGAAAAGUAUAAUAGGAUACACCAGGAAGUCUACAAGUGGUUUAAUAUAGGAUUCGAUAUAUUUGGCCGCACUCCAACAAAACCUCAUACCGAGAUAUCCCAGGGCAUUUUUAAAAGACUUUACGAAAACGGUUAUUUAGAGGAAAAGACCACUGAACAGCCCUUUUGUGAGAAGCAUGACUCUUUUCUUGCCGACCGGUUUGUUGAAGGCGAAUGCCCACGCUGUCAUUACGAUGAUGCUAGAGGGGACCAAUGCGAUAAGUGCCAGCACCUUCUUGAUCCCUUUGACUUAAUAAACCCACGCUGUAAGGUAGACGGUGCAACUCCAGUUCGUCGACAAACAAGACACAUUUUUCUUCUCUUGGACAAGCUACAACCUCAAAUUGAUAGUUGGGCAAGUUCUGCAUUUGAAAAGGGAGAUUGGCCGAAGAACAGUCGCGUUAUUACUGGGUCAUGGUUGAAGGAAGGCCUCCAGCCUCGCGGGAUUACCCGAGAUUUGAAAUGGGGUGUCCCUGUGCCGUUAGAUGGAUAUGAGAAGAAAGUUCUUUACGUUUGGUUCGAGGCCUGCAUUGGAUACCCUUCUAUUACUGCCAACUAUACCCCUGAGUGGGAGAAAUGGUGGAGGAACCCUGAGGAUGUCCAAUUAUAUCAGUUCCUCGGAAAGGACAACGUGCCUUUCCAUGCAGUUAUAUUCCCUGGCUGCCAGCUGGGCACUAAGGAUAAGUGGACGAUGUUACACCACUUGAGCACAACUGAGUACCUCAAUUAUGAAGGCGGCAAAUUCAGCAAAUCCCGCGGGAUUGGUGUGUUUGGGAACAAUGCAAAAGAAACAGGCGUCUCAUCUGAUGUUUGGAGAUACUACCUGCUGAAGAACCGCCCGGAGUCUGGUGACACUCAGUUCGAAUGGAAAUCCUUCAUCGAUAGCAAUAACGGAGAGCUACUAGCUAAGCUUGGUAACCUAGUAAACCGGGUAAUCAAGCUGGUUGCUAGCCCAAAGGCAUAUAACUCAGUUAUCCCUGAAUUCACCGUCACGGAGCCGUUUUACCCGGCAUUAGAGGAAGUAACUAGCCUUCUUCGCCAAUAUAUCAAUGAAAUGGAAGGGGUCCAUUUGCGCGCCGGCAUCCUUACCGCUAUGAAGAUCGCUGAAGCUGGAAACGGUCUAAUUCAAGCUAACAAGCUCGACAAUUCACUGAUUGCAAAUGAACCCGAACGCGCCGCAACAGUGGUUGGUAUUGUGGUGAAUUUGAUUCAUCUAUGCUCGAGUAUCUUCUGUCCCUAUCUCCCUGCCACCUGUGUUUCUAUCCUUGAACAAUUGGAUGCUCCAGCCAGUCUUAUACCAAGCCUUGAUGAAAUUAAAGAUGGAUGGAAGCCUACAAUCAUUAAGCCUGGUCACCGUGUUGGUAAAGCGAAGUAUCUUUUCAGUAACAUUGAUGUCAAAAAGGCCGACGAGUGGAGAGAGAUGUUUGGUGGAUCCCAGGCUGAGCGACAAAAAAAAGACGAAGAGAAGGCAAAGCAAGCGGCCAAAAAGGCUGCAAAGUCUAAGAAAAAGCAGCAAAAGGCCAAAGCUAACGAAGUUUCGGGUGAAGGUGAUGCCCCUGUUGAGGCAUCGACCAAGGCUGGAGUAGAAACAGUCGUUCAGACUGGUGGUAAGGCAGUAGAGGAGGUUACGGAUGGUGUCUCCCAAGUUACUCUACCCAGCUCCUAG